AUGGUAACAAAGCAAACCUCCCGUAAAACUACAACAACCGUCAACACACGUUCUCAACUCAAACAAAAACUUGAAAAGAUUGAAAAGAAAGAAAAGAAAAAGAGCAAGCGAUUUGUUUCUGUUGAGAAUAGAAAACUGUUAGCCUCUUCUGCAAAGUAUUUGCCAAGUAUUGUUGGUGAGAAACAACCCAUCUCAAGAGCAGAGAUUGCAAGAAGAGCCAAACACCUCCUAAGAAUAGACGACGAAGAUGUGAGAGAUUUGAAAAUUACAAAGAGUGCCUUAGCUGUAUUGAGAGAAGCUAUUGUUUACAGAUUUUGUUGUUCUUUAAGGAUAGCAAAAGUGUUAACAAGUUAUGCUAAAACUCAAACAGUGAAUGCUCUUACAUUGAACCUUGCUGGUAUGCUUAUGAAAAAUGAUUGGAAACAACAAACGACAGAGGAAUUUGAGAAAAUUAUUGCUCAGUUACGAGGAACAAAAUAUGAAGAAAUUACAGUGACUGCUGAUGCCAUGUAUAGUGCAUUCCAGAAAGUGAUCAAAGAAGAUCCUGAAAUGAAAGUAACUGAGACAAGCAUCGUUGAGUGCUUUAAGGAUUCUCAAAGACUAAGAGAAGUUACAGAACUUUUGGAUGAAUAUCGAGAGAGAAAAAAGAGAGUGCAAUAA